CGAAUUAUGAACCGCUCAAAGUUUUUCGUUCAAAUUCGCAUAUCAAGGUACUGAGGUGAGUCAUGAGCAAUCCCAUUUAAGGAUCCACCCUGCUCGUUCUGUGACUUCUUUCUAGCUCAGCCUCAGCUAACUUUGGUUUCACCUCUCUUAGGCCUAACAUAUGAGUCUAAUUGUCAAGUCUUACCUUGGUAGCACUGGUGCCAAAAGAUCUGUCAGAAAUACAACUGUUUCUGUAUAAUUCACCGCUCGGGGGCCCAAUUUCAUCAAACGCCAGAGCCUACCGGCAAUAAGGUAAGCCAAUGCAUUGCCCUUUCCCCUUCUGCUUGACUCUCAUAGUACAUUUUGCAAUCAGGUGGGCAUUUUCUACCUAUUGUCUAUAUAUCUUUCUUGGCAGUCUUAGUUAUCUGUCAGAUAUGAGAACUUCACUCUCCUUUGCUUAUGCUAGGCUUUCAAAAUGCUAAAUUCACCCUAUGUAAUAAUGUGUUCAAAGACCAUUCCUCCUGUACCUGAAAUAUUUUGUGUACCAGUCAUUUCUGAGUCUCAUAAACAGAAAAUACUAUCAUAUUUCUAGGCCGUGUCCACUGCAAAGUUUCGUUUGCAACAAUAGCAUAUUCAAAUAAGGACUUGCUGACAUUCUCCAAGAAACCCCUUCCGUGGUCCUGGUUUGCAAGUAUAGAGAAGGGAUACUCGCCCACAGGUAAAUUUCGAAUAUAAUCUUUCAGAUCUUGGAUAUCCUUCUUAGUAUUAUUGACACAGGCUCCUCCAGUCAUACGUUCAAACUGUUAUUCCUAUUGUCAGCAUUCAUACAAUCGAUCACAAUCAGAAGCAACAUCUAAGCCCCGGCAGAGUAGCCGAUGAGUAGUCGUUCAAGACCACAGUCAUACUAGGCAUAUUUCCUUUUCACCAAACACCAACAUCCAGAUCGAUCCGCAACGUUACUACAGAUCUAGCGCACAGCUUUCUCCUAAAACACCUCUGACUUUUACUGAGAUAGCACCACAUAAGACUUAAUGCCGUAGCCAAGGGUAGCUACUCAAAGUCCGGAAAGCUGCGCGGCUUUUAAUGAUUAACGACUUUAUUGAUGGGAAUCACACAGCCAGAUUCACUUCCGCGACCCACCGAAACCGGUGUGUACCUUUCCAUUCAUCUCUACUUAGUGUCCUAAGAUCAUCAUCACACUUCGCCUCCUCGUGAUUCCCAGCAAGUGCUGGUAUUCUCUACCACUGAUACUUUAUAUAACAAGACAAAGCACCUCUAUUAUCCACGGGCGCCUUGUUAGCAUUAAGCAUCACCGCAGCCAAUUCGAAUCUUCAAUAAGAAACCCCUUCUUUAGAUCCUCAUAUUGGUCCAAUCACUUUUUUAUUCAUAAAAUACUACACAUCAAAAUCCUCGAGUCUUCGACUCUUAGGUUCAGGCGAAAGGUUGAGUUGCUCCCUGCGUAUUUCUUAGAGUCAUUCUGUUCCUUCUUUCCAGAGUUAGUUGUUUUUCUUGCUUCUCCUCUCCAAGUAACACAAGUGUGUGUGUUGUAUUUAGGUGAUAAAGUCAGAAGAGCUUUCUUGAGUAAAGUGUUUCUUCAUUCGAUCACUGUUUUUCAAGCUCCCGAAAGAGUCAUUGUUUUCAAUCUUUUCGUAGUUUCUGCUUCAUCGAUUUCACACGUCAUUACCGUUCAAGACGCAACUUCCCGCUUCGAACCAGAGCCGGUGACUUUAGCGCGACGGAGGUCAUUUCUUUUUCUUUUCUUCUUAAAAGAUCUUCACAAGUUAUUAUGACAUUUUUUGGCGCCCUUGAAUGAUCCACUAACUCCAUUUUAACAGAUUUGGUGUCAUAUUUGCCUUUCUUUAACAGAAAGGCGUUACAGAAGUUACAAACUCGUUACGAUCAUUUGUUCAUUGCUACACUGCCACCCCAAGAACAUUUAGAAAGGUCGCUCAUCUGAGAACCGGAGAGCCGUCACCCCGAGUACCUUCAAUUGUUGAAGGCAUACUCGUUUUCGAUUCAUCAAAUUACUUCAUCACUCUCUCCUUUUCCGCUUACAGAAUGACAAAAAUGGCAGCAGCCAGACGCUCACCCCGAACAAUUGCCCGCUUCAACCAUAAUUUCUUAAUCUGUGAUUCUCAGGAUAUUACAGCCACGGUUCUCUCUCUUGCAACGUGCACAGGCUGGAGCGCCGAUCACAUUUCUAUCACCAUUGAAAAAGAAUUCAAUCUGAAAUUCACCCCGGAACAUAUCUGGGAUUUCCACAGUCAUUGGAUAACCACUCGGAAACGUUUUACUCAAGAGGAUCGUGCGACUAUGUGGUGGUUAAUGAGAUGUAUUGGUGUACACUGUCUACAGAUCGCUGCAAAACCUUUGAAUAUGACGCCGAGACCUAUUUCGGUGGAAUUUCAGCCUACUUGGAGUCCAAAGGUAAAUUUCUUUCUUCCCUCUCGUCUUUGCUUUGUAUUUUGUAUUGAUAGUAGUUUAUUGUGAUGCUAAUGAACACAGAAUAACCACGGCAGAGAACUUUGUCCUGGCUUCUCACCUUUCGCUCGGGAAUCCUCGAAACUGUGGAUGAUGAAAGAAAAUACAACUACCAUGUACGGCAAACUUACUCCCUCUGAAGAACCCAUUAUCCAACGUUUUGGCCCCGACCUCUACCGCGUUGUCAGGAAGUGUCUCCGUCGCUGGUCCGCCGCCAUGCUCUCUCUGCUUGAUGCCCAAGAUCAGGAGAGAAAAUUUGCACCCAUUAAUGAGAAAGUGCAAGUUGAUCUCAUCAUGGAUUACCUCCGUUAUUUCCAGCACAAAUAUGAGAAGUACUGGGGUAUCAUGGAGGAGAUCCGUGGUGCUAGUGUUGGAGAGGGAUUCUUGCCAAGGGAACAGGCGGUGCAUAUCAAUAGUACGGGCUAUGGUGCAAAGGUUCUUGUUGGCUUGCUGAUGGCAGAUCGGUUGCAUGUCGUGGAUAGACUCCGAUUCAACGAGCGGGCGAAGAUUGGAUAUCGGGAAAUCAAGCCUGCGGAUUUGAAGGAGAACUGCAAGGACUGUGCAAUUUGUCAGGAGAAGAUUGGAGAAGGGAGUGUAGAGACCGGAGAAGUGGCCGAUGAGGUUGCAGUGGAGUUGGUCAUUUGUUGUGGUAACACGAUCGGUAUGACUUGUUUGAGGGAAUGGUUGAAGCCCAAUGCUGGGAACGGGACUUGUCCGAUUUGCAGACAUCGCUUCUCGCCAGACUUCUGUCAGAAGCUUAUGGAGGGGUAUGCCGAUAAGGAGUUAGCUGAGCGGAACGAGAAGAACUUGGUUGAGCAAUCUAUAGUUGACCUUCGUAGUCCGUCGCCAGCGAUGCCAGACCCUGAGAAUAUCAGAGGUGAUCGAGGGCACGAGAUAGAAAGUGGUGUUCUCCAGAGUUCUCACGACACGGUAGAGGACCACCCCCAUGACGCUAUUCAGGAUAUGGUCGAAGAAGCGUCAGUCACGAGCCAAACCGAACGCAAUAUCCUCAGACUCCGUGAACACAUGGAAGUCGAGUAUGAAGAGAACCUUCAAGAACAGAUCAUCCCCAUGGAGCUCGAUCCCCCACCUCAAUUACCCUCCAUCUUACCCGUAGCCGAAGUUGAAAUCUAG